AUGCCUUCGAUACAAACCAGUACCUCAACCCCUGCGCUCUUAUCUCGUCGAUCCACAGUCCUAGCACCACCAUCACUUUCCGCCGUCACCCAUCUUUCCUCCUCCCCUGCUCCUGCACAGCCGUCUUCUACAUCUUCUCGCCCGCAUCCAUCGCAAUCACACCGUCGGAGAGACCUGAACCACUCUCUCUCGCAACCAACAGCAGCAUCCCCCGUUUCCACACGAGAAAACAUCUCCUCCUCUUACACCGCAACAACCUCCACAAGCGGAAGAACAGGUGCGAGCGGGGAGAAAGAUGAAGGAGUAGUAGUGCAUCCGACAUUUAGAGCUGAUGCAGGGGAAAUGCGGGGCGAUGUACUUGUGAGAGUGGAGGGGGUCGAAUUUUUCGUGCAUAAGGAUGUGUUGAUGUUCGCUUCUCCUUUCUUUCGUGGCGCUUUGGGUGGUGGAUGGCGAGAGAACAGACUCAGUACUCUAUUGCAAGCUCAGCAAAAUGUCGCUGUGCAAAAUCAAGAGGAUACGAAGAACGUGGGAGAUCAAGAGCAGCAAGAAGAGACGCCAGAAGCGGAAGGCUCGAGAAAGGAAAGAGAAGCAGAGGGGACGGAGCAUGUAGUUGCGGUGCAGGAAUGCUCAAAUAAAGAGCAAGGAGAUGGUGAAGGUGAGGAUGUAGUUGGAAGCGGAAUGGGAUCCGAGUCCUUGGGUGAUACCGGCGAUGCGAGACCGAGGAGCUUGUUGAGGGCUUCCUAUCAUACCGGCCUUUGGAGUCAGGAUGACGAACCACCGUCACGAAGCGAGUCGACUUUUACUGAUGCUGCUGAAGCGCUCAGCCCCACAGAAGCGGAGGAAGAGAAAGAGGAUGCGAGCGUCAAUGACGAUGAAGAUGGUUUCGAAGACGACGAGACCGACUCACAGCCACAGCACCCUUCAGGGAAGCCUUCACAAAGUCCACGCAGAAACUCUCAAUCUGCAAAUGCAGCUGGUCUGAGGCAGGUCCGGAGUAAGUCGAAGCACCUCGCCACCCGUCUGCCACUACGAAAGCUCGAGUCUGCAAACCGAAAGCAAUCGAUCCCUGCUCGAAGCACAAGCAAAACCUUACCUCAGCAGGACCCAAAAUCACCAGCUCGAGAAAGAUUUGAAUCGCUAGCAACCCCUCCAAUCUCCCGUCGCUCCUCUGACCACGCCCCUUCGUCAACACAACCUCUUGGUCCCACAAAUCCUGCUCAAACCACCGCUAGGUUACCAUCACCCUACCGAAACAUAACAUCAGUCAUCGACCUCGCCGAAGAAUCAGCAUCAACAUUCCACGAUUUCCUCUAUCACACAUACCCUCAUCUCGACCUUUCCGUUACUUGGUUCAACUGUGGACCUCUUUUGAGGUUCUCUGACAAAUUUCAAGUUCCGUUUCUCCGGCGAUCCUGCUUAACUUUUCUUCGGGCUGCAUUGGCCGGGAAGCCGAUCGAAGCGAUGCGAUUGGCUGAAUUACACGGUUUCGACGAUCUAUACAAAGAAGCUUCUCGUCAUGUUCUUGACAACUUUUCCUCUUGGGAUCCGCAAGACUUGGACAGACUUUCACCGGCUACACUCCUAAAGCUCGAACGAAAGAGGACUUGGUUUCUGGAGAGGCUACUCAAAUUGGGAUUGGCCAAUCCAGCAAGAGACUAUGAAUGUCAUCCGAACUGCCCCGAUCCGAAGUCAUGCGCAAAGUUAUUAGGGGAAAAGUGGGGUCAAGCGUACGCAGGAGCAGUGAGGUACACACCUCCACAGCCCAGUGUUGUGUAUAGACAGUUGAGGGAAGCAGGUUGGGAAGGGACAGGGUGGGGUCUGAGUGCCUGUCAGGGUGCGGCAAGAGUUUGGGUUCAAGGGCUUUUUGAUAGGAUGUUUGAGCUAGGUGCGCUUCAUGGUAGCGGGAGGAUGUUUUUGAGUGUCAAGCUCGAUGCGGCUGCGGGUGGUGGGACUGGGGGGAUUGGCAGGGGUCUCAGUAGAGAGGGUUGA